UUCACACCACCUCAAGCAUGUCAUAUUGUUGACUUGGGGGUAAAAUGAAUUGUCAUCUCUCAAGGUGUCCGGAUAAAAGUACAAACAAGACUGAAUGAGUUUAAACUUCAGUAACAUAUUCUGAAGUCACUUCCCUUCUUUUGUUUUUGGAGUCUUUGAAAGCAGCAGUCAUACCGCUUUAAUUUCAGCAAAGCCAACAUCACUUUAACGCACUGUAUCACCUCUGCGUGACAAGACUUUGUCACAUGGUCUUGUGUCUUUUUUAGACUUUGUCACAUGGCGGGCCUUUGGAGAUCUUAUCAGGCACUGAUGGUCAAACAUCCAUGGACAGUGCAGAUUAUAACCGCUGGCUCUCUGGUGGGUGUGGGUGAUGUCAUCUCUCAGCAGCUGAUUGAGCGUCGUGGACUGGCCAAUCACAGCGUGAGACGCACUGCCAAGAUGAUGAGCAUUGGCUUCUUCUUUGUCGGUCCAGUGGUUGGUGGAUGGUACAAGGUGCUGGACAAACUUGUUACUGGUGGUACUGGUGGUGCUGCUCUGAAGAAAAUGCUUGUUGAUCAGGUGGGCUUUGCUCCGUGUUUCUUAGGUGCUUUUCUGGGAAUAUCUGGAGCACUCAAUGGACUGACUGUGGAACAGAAUGUGACCAAACUCAAGAGGGACUACAUGGAUGCCUUGAUCUCCAAUUACUAUCUUUGGCCUCCAGUGCAGAUCGCCAAUUUUUAUUUCAUCCCUCUCCACCACAGAUUGGCUGUUGUUCAGAUCGUGGCUGUUGCCUGGAACUCUUACCUCUCCUGGAAAGCCAAUAAGAUGUAAUGAGAUGUUCCAGAUUGACCACUACCUAAAUGUAGUAACAGACUCACACAUAGGCGCACAAAGCUUACAGAUGAAGUUUGCACAACAAAGGUCAAAGCUGACGAUAACAUAAUUCAGACCUCUGACAUUUUAUUAUCCUUUGCAAUUAAUGCUAUUGUAAUAUUUGUGAUUAUAGAUUCUGUAAAGAAUUCUAUACAUUUGAUUUAUAUGCCUUUAUUUACCAGUGUUUAGAUGGUGAAUUAUGGUGUGUUGCUCACUAAAAACAGCAGGCCUGUUUGUUACAGGAUGUGGCUGCAUUUUGAGUCAUUUUUGGUGUAUUCUGUGGUCACUAAUUAAGUUCAGGUACAUGUGAUUGAUAGAAGUGAAGUUAUGGGCAUUACAUCUACUAGGCUUUGCAUUGAUUAACACAAUACAGUAAUGUGUAUAAAAUACAUCUUUCACAGGUGCCA